AUGAUGUACACAUGGCUUUGUGCUACAUUAGCAGCUGGUAGUGUAAAACAUUUAACUGAAUUAAUCUUAACUAAUCAAUUAUCCAAUGGUCUAGCAUUGAUACGUCCACCUGGUCAUCAUGCUAUGCAUUCAGAAGCAUGUGGUUAUUGUAUAUUUAAUAAUAUUGCUGUGACAGUUGCAAGUUUUCUUCAGCCUCAAAAAUCAAAGAUGACAAAAUCAAUACAAUCAAGGUCACAAUGCAUUUGGUUACAACGUAUAUUAAUUAUUGAUUGGGAUGUACAUCAUGGACAAGGGACACAAUAUGCAUUUUAUGAUGAUAAUCGUGUCCUUUACAUUUCUAUUCAUCGUUAUGAAAAAGCUAAAUUUUGGCCAAAUUUACGUGAAGCAAAUUAUGAUUUUAUCGGUGAACAUUUGGGCAAAGGUUAUAAUGUGAAUAUACCAUUGGAAGAGACUGACUUAACUGAUUCUGAUUAUUUGGCGAUAUUUUAUCGAUUAAUUAUGCCGAUUGCUACAGAGUUCAAUCCUCAACUGAUACUUGUUUCGUGUGGAUUCGAUGCAGCUAUUGGUUGUCCAGAGGGUAAAAUGUGGCUUACUCCAAUGAUAUUUGGUCAUUUUGUACAUAAAUUAAAAUCUUUAGCCGGUGGUAAAGUUGUUGUUGUACUUGAAGGUGGAUAUUUUGUAGAUAGUUUGGCUGAAGGAAUAGUUCAUGUCUUAAAAGCAUUACUCGGUGAUCCCUUAUCACCUGUUCGAUUAAUUCAACCGAUCUGUUCAAGUGUUAAAAAUACUAUUGAAUCAUGUAUCAGUGUGUUACAUCCAUAUUGGAAAAGUCUUUUAGCAAGUUCUCAACCUGUUGAACUUCCAAAUUUAGACCAUUUACCAACAAUAACAUGGCCAUUAGUGAAAGUGGUUGCAUGGCCUGAAACAAAUCCUCAGUUGCCUAGAGUAUUAACCAAUCAAAUUCAACACUUAUUGAUCAAUCACUUACCAGCACCACUGUCUAUAACAACAAAUGAAAGUCUAUUCCGAUCGAUGACAUUGAUGCUAUUGCCAACAACAACCCAAUUAUCAGUGUUACGUCAUUUACAAUCUAAAAGAGGAAGAAAGCAGAAAAAUGUAUCACUGGAAAGUUUAAUGACUGCAUUCAAAGAUCAAUUUCAUAUACAUUUAUACAAACAAGAUAAUUUACCCAGUGGAGAUUAUUUAUAUUCAAAAACUACUACAAACUCUCAAUUCAUACAAUCAUCAUCAAUUUCACGUUAUACUACUAAUAAAAUUAACAGUAAUAUAAAUGAUGCUGAUAAAAUUAAUAAGAGCAGCAUGAUGAGAACAAACUGUGAUUGUUUAAAUGUGACAUUUAAUUCAACAAAACAUCAAAUUAACAAAAAUAUUGAUAAUUCAAUGAAGUUUGAACAAGAAAUUGUGCCAAAUUUUCACACUGCUCUCAGCCAUGCAAUAAGUUUGAUUUUAAUGGGACAGUUUCAACAACUUUAUUUCAUUAAUGAUUCAUUCAACUUAGUAGAACUGUUGAAAGUCAUAACAAAUAUACCGCUGGAAUAUUUAGUUAAUUAUCGUGAAAGAAUAUUUAGACCACGUGGAUUUCAAAUGAAUUCCAACAGUCCGACUGCUACUACAAUGAUGGAAGUCAUGCGAACCACCAGUUCAUUUUUAAACAAUUCUGUUAAUCAAUAUAAUAAACUUGUGGACAAAUUUGCACAUGUCUAUUCUUCUUAUUCAAAUCAAUCCAACUUAUCAUCGUCAAAAUCUUCAUCAACCAGCUUGUUAAUUGGAAAUAGAUCUGAAAUUAGUACCAAACAAACGAUUACGAAAUCGGAUGGCGGCAAUAUGUCAUGUCGUGUAAUGGUACUUGAUUUAAGCGGGACAAGUAAUGUAGACUGUGAAAAAUUAAAACAAUUUGAAUGUUUAGUAAAAGAAACUUCUCAAGAGAUGAAAUGCGAGUAA